UGUUUCUGUUCUUUUCUAAGACACAUUUCUUAAAGCCUGGGGAACCUGACAGAGAGCCGCAGGAGAUUAUGCUGGAGAUCAGAGGACAACCAACAAGGAGAGGACUCCCAUUUUUUAGGUUUCCCUGCUAAUCCUGGGACAUGCCCAUGUCCCCAAUCUGUGACUGUUCUGAAAGUAAAUGUGUGUCUCCAGUCACCAGGGGAAAUUCAAGCUCAGAGUUUAGGAUUCUUUCAAAUGGGCACAACAUAAAUCUGCUUUGACCUGAUUUUUGAGUCAAGCCCUCAUUUAACUGAGCUUCUAAAACAUGCAAAAGUUUCACCAGAUUUGUGCUGUCCCUCAUUUUCCAGCCAAUCCAAAGCAGAGCAGAAUCUCCAGAGCUGAGAGUGGUUUCUAAGAAACCUGAACCCAGAACAUGCACAUACAUAAUGUCUAUAGCAACCAGUUCAUUGCAUCCAUUGCCAUUCCAGAGCGGACUGCAUCAAACAAUGGAGUUACUGUGCACUAUCAAACUCUCAGACAACUAAUUAGGUCAGGAAUAGAGAGAACAAAUGGAUAGAUGAUUCAACUGUUGUUCAUGAGACCCAUAUGACAACAAGGAUGCCUCAUCUACAUUCCUCAUCAACACACCUGGAACAAGAGAAACACGAAUUGCGGCGGCGAUUUGAGAACAAGGAGGGAGAGUGGGAAGGAAGGGUGUCUGAACUGGAGAGCGACGUGAAGCAGCUGCAGGACGAGCUGGAGAAGCAGCAGGUCCACCUGCGCGAAGCCGACCGGGAGAAGACGCGCGCUGUCCAGGAACUCUCCGAGCAGAACCAAAGACUCCUGGACCAGCUCAGCAGGGCAUCGGAGGUGGAGCGGCAGCUCUCCCUGCAGGUCCACACACUCCGGGAGGACUUCCGGGAGAAGAAUUCCUCCAGCAGCCAACACAUCGUGCGGCUGGAGAGCCUCCAGGCCGAGCAGGUCCUUGAAAUCAAAAUGCUGACAGACAGGAAGCGGGAGCUGGAGCAUCGCCUCAGUGCCAUGAUGGAGGAGAAUGACCUGCUCCAGGGAACCGUGGAGGAGCUGCAGGACCGAGUCCUCAUCUUGGAGAGACAAAGCCAUGACAAGGACCUGCAGCUGCACCAAAGCCAGUUGGAGCUCCAGGAGGUGAGGCUGUCCUACCGGCAGCUGCAGGGCAAGGUGGAGGAGCUCAGCGAGGAGAAAAGUCUCCAAAACCUCAACACAACCAGCACAUCCCUGCUCUCUGAGAUAGAGCAGAGCAUGGAGGCAGAGGAGCUGGAGCAAGAACGAGAACAGCUGAGGCUGCAGCUCUGGGAGGCGUACUGCCAAGUGCGGUACCUGUGCUCCCACCUGCGAGGCAACGACAGCGCCGACUCGGCCGUGUCCACUGACUCCUCCAUGGACGAGUCCUCAGAAACCUCAUCAGCCAAAGACGUCCCAGCUGGGAGCCUGCGGGCAGCUCUCAGUGAGCUCAAGAGACUGAUACAAAACGUGCUGGACGGGGCAGACUCCACAAGCUCUCGGCGAAGCGACGACGACACCUUAGAGGAACAGAUCAGGAGAACGAGUGAGGAUUCGCGAGCCCUGAGGGAAUUAAUGGAGGGAGAACGGGGGAAACUGAGGCAGAGUUUGGAGGAGCUGCAGCGACUGCACAGCCAGGUGACGCUGCUGAGUGUGGAGAUGACGACGCUGAAGGAGGAGCGGGACCGGCUGCGCGGCGCUGCCGAGGACAAGGAGGCGAGCGAACGGCUCCUGCAGGCCAUCAGGGACCGCGACGAGGCCAUCGCCAAGAAGAACGCGGUGGAGGUGGAGCUGACCAAGUGCAAGAUCGACAUGAUGUCCCUCAACAGCCAACUCCUGGAUGCCAUCCAGCAGAAGGUGAACCUCUCGCAGCAGCUGGAGGCCUGGCAGGAUGACAUGCACAGGGUCAUUGACCAGCAGCUGAUGGACAAACACCCGAAGGAAUGGAGCCAGCUUGCUUAUUCCUUCUCCAGUGGCUCCGGCGCCAAGCGGAGUGCCAGGCCCUCCCCCGCGCUCAGGCCGGAGCAGCAGGGGGAUGAGCCCGGCGGGGCUGAAGGAAACCGUCUCUUCUCCUUUUUCAAGAAAAACUAAUUUGAAAAAGAGAAAAUUCUCCAGCCAUUCCUGCUUCAAGAUGGGGAGUGGGGCAGCUGCCCAGCUUGCUGAUGGACCCAAGUCUGAUCCACUGAGUAAAAAAGAAGGGGGCAAAGGAGUUAACUCUUGAGACUCUGCACUAUUUACACCGCACCUGGUCUGAACCAAAUGUUUACAUGAAUUGGAGAUUUGCAAAUUGACAAUGUGAUUCUAGUAGAAAGAAACUUUUCUUACCCUGUAAGUGAAGUGAUAAACUUCAGGGUAUAUUUUAGGCGCUUUGACACAGUCCAGUUUCUGCUGUGAAGAAUCCUCUGAUUGUCUUAAAAGCAUUCUUGUGCUGGAGAAGGAAAUAAGCAGCCCCAAGACAGAGCGGUGCAGGGGAUUGAGAACUGCUGUCACAGCGAGCACAGGGGGAAGAAGAGGGCUGAAUGCAAGAGGACAGAGGGGAGCCAUUUGUACCACCCUGGCAGCUGUGACAUCCUUCAUCCAUCCCACUGAGACUGGAGUCACCCUGGCCCCAGCAGUACCAUGUUUUGACAAAUGUAGCUUUCUCUGUGGUGGAAGUUGAGCCCUCACUGCAGAUCCUGCCUGGGCACCAUCUCCCCUGGAGCUCUGCGUGGCUGUUCACCCUCGCUGGGAUCCAGGCUCCUCGCAGCUCAGGGUAGGGGACAGAUAGGUGGUGUCACUGUCCUCUCCAGCUCCUUCCUGUUACAGAGGUAAGAGUUGCAGGCUGUAGCUACACAGAUUUCUCCCUGACCAUGGAGACUGACCAUCUACAAGAGAUUACAGACUGGAUAAAAGUUGUGCAUGUUCAGUCCUGGGGCAUCUGCUGUUCCUCCAAUGGCCAAAAGUAGUUUGGGAGCUUCAGCAAGUCACACGCCUCUCCCCAAAGCCAUACACAUCUCCCAAACAGAGUAAGAAAACUCAUUUUAACUGGAUAGACCCCCAAAAGCCUAACUAAUAAUUCACUGAAAGCCUACUCCCAAUGAUGUCAGUCAGUCUUUGACACUGGGUUGGCAGACUGGAUCCUCAGAAAGCACACUGGCAUCUGCCUUCACUGAAGCCAAAGGCCAUCAGGGUGUUACAAAGCUCUGGAAAGCCUGCAGGUUACUCUGCCCUAUGCAGUAACAUUGGCUAUGGCCUGACAGAAAGGAGUGUUUGUCCCUGCCUGUGGGUCAGUUGCUACUCAGCCCUUUGGUGAGCAGGUAGCCAAAGGUCCUUUUGAUCAAAGAUGACCAGAGCCUGCUUUGCACGACUUGAUCAACAAGAAGGAAGGUGGCUUUUUUGGUGUAUGCACACAGCAGUGCUGGAAAUCCUGCAAUACUCAAGUAGGGACCUUCCCUCCUCACUGGAUGGGCACUUUACAGCUCUUCUCCUUUGUCAGUCUGCCAUCAUAAGCCAGGGAGGAGCACCAGGCUCAGCUCAGAGAUGUCCUGCUGCUGUCAUGCAAUUUUCACACAUUCUCCCAGCUCAUGAUACCCACGGGCCCCAGUUUGUUUUCUGCUGCUCUAAAGAGGCCACCACCUACACUGUCCCACAGCAGACAGAGCUGGGUGCACCUUCAGCUCUGCCCUGCUCAGCAACUUUGGUGCUAACACACCAUCCCACAGGGAGCUGCUGUCUCUGCUCACUGCUUACAGGAACAAGCUUUCUGCUAGAAUAGGUACCAAACUCCUUCUGAACACCAGAUAAGAGGCUGGUGGCUUGGGUUUUAGUAUUACUCAGCUUACCUGUGGGAUAGAACAUCCAUAAUACCUCAGUACAAAUAUCCUUUCUGCCUAGGAAGAUUUGAGCAUUCCCGUGUUUCCUUAUUAGCAUGAAACCACGACACUGGUAUGAAAUCAUCUUGCACUAAGCUCUGGGUUGCAAGGAGCAGAGUCCUGUGAGAUUGGCAAUGAUAGUGAAGAGCUGGGUGGUAAAACCCAUCUACAUGAAAGCAGUGAAUCCUGGAGUGCAGAGCCUGCUUCAGGAAAUACUUGGGCAAAGCCCCACCAAGUACAGCUUGAUGCUUAUGGGGAAAGGAAUCAGGAGCCUCACAGGCAGGGAAGGAAAUUGAACCUUGGCCUCUCUGUUCUAGGCAAUGCUCAGCUGUUGAGUAUCUGCUUGUAGCCACUUGUGCAAGCGAGGGGAAGGGCUGCAGUGCAGUGCUCAGUCUUCAUCCUCCCAUCCUGCCUGUGCUGUGACUCUGGAUGGGGCAGGGACACCAGGCACAUGCUCAGCACCUCCUGCUGCCAGGACUGUCACACCCACAUGCAUUACCCCAAGUGCUGAUACUGCAGAGCCAGGCGUGGCUGCGUGGAUGCCAGUGACACCUGUGACACAGUGACACCUGUGACACAGUGACACCUGUGAACACUGAAAACAAUGCUCUAUCAGGAGAGCCACGUGAACAUCUCGGUCCUCAGGGACCUUUCUUCUGCUGUCAGUUGUCAUUUCCCAGACCCCACCAACUCUACUCGAGCCACAUGCCCAGCGGUUGUGUGGGACUCUACCCCAGAGAGGGAUGAUGGAUGGAUGGAUGGAUGGAUGGAUGGAUGGAUGGAUGGAUGGAUGGAUGGAUGGAUGGAUGGACGCAUGGGUGCAUGCAUGGGUGCACGGAUGCAUGGAUGGAUGCAUGGAUGCAAUCCUAAGGCAAGAGCCUUAACUUACCCCAUGAAGAUGCAGUAAUGAGAUGAAGAAAGGUGCCUUCUGCUACGUUUGCUGAGGAAAGUGACUCAAUCAGUUGCAAGGGUAGGCACAGCACAUCUCUUCAUUUACAGAGAAUCCUUAAUCCCACUGCAAUUUUAUUUAUUUAACAAGAGUGACAGAAGAGAUUGCAAGAGGAAAGUCAGCAUGUUCUAAGGUGCCAGUUGGGUAUAGUUUCUUCAAACAAGCCCCUUCACCCUAAAGACUUAGUUGCACUACUAAACCCAGAGAUACAAGAGAGCUGGGUGUAAUGAACUGGACAACACACCAAAGGAGACCUUGUGCUGAGCUGCUACUCCACAGGAACAGAAACUGCCUUAACACAGCAGCUAGGUUUUGUCUUGUCUUGAAAAACCUCGUGCAGUCCUUCACACCCAUUUGUCACGUUGUGUUUUAACAAGGUCUUCACCCUGUGCUGUCAUUAACACACUCACCUCCAUCCUGUCAUGGCCAGGAGCCCAGGAUCAGCCUUGCAGUGCUGGUUAGAAGAAACUUCACUUGUGGUACUUGACUCUUCCAGGACACACACGGUGCAAAGGAAACAUCAGCUCCAGGGAAUGAGAUGGAGGAAGCACAUUAAUCCAGCAGGUACUCAGCAUCCCAAAGGAGUGGGAUUAGCAGCUCUAAACACAACCCUCAGCCUUGCUUUCGAGAUAAUGGUAAAUAAAACAGUAGGGCUGCACAGUCACUGUUCAAAUAUUGCACAGAGAAGAGAUGCCUGCUGAGAUUAAGGUUACAAAGGACUUUCCCACAAGUAACAGGUGACUUGUUUGGGCAAAUGUUUAUUAUGCCAGCCUGAGGGAAAAGGGAUCAGUCUCCCCUUCCUAAACUCUGCAAGGGAAGCAACUGUAAACAAGGAACAAAUGUAAAUGAAAGGCAAGUCACUAGCACUUUAUCUUCACACAAACUUAGAUCAGCAACUUGCCCUGGAGAUGAACAAUAAAUCAAAAAGUUACUGACAACAGAGUCAUUUUGCACAGAGAGCAGAAAGUGAGGCUGCAGGCAGGGCCACAUGCACUUGUCCUACUUAGAAUGGUGAAUUCCAGAUAAGCCUCUCCAUCAGGCAAACUCUACUCCCCACUCAGCUAUAAAAAGCAAGAUUGUUUGAACCAAAAAGCCAAGAAAGGAAGUGUCUGGGUGCUGCAGCAAUGAUUCCCUUGGAUUGAGAGGGAAAAAGCACACAGCAGGGACAAGCAGAAAGAAUGUACCUAUAGAUAUGUACAUAUACCACAGUGCUGUAAUUUUUGUAUGUAGCAGUCAUGUAAAUAAAUGUAUGGUUUUUAUAUGAUACAUAUUAUAAAAAUCUAUAAAGGCAUAUUUUUAGAAAAAAAAUGCUCUACUUCUUUUGUAAAUAGUUCUCUUCAGAAUAAAACAGAUCAUUUAUAUGA